GUGAUGCAUAUAUAAUGAAAGACUUCACACCUUAAUCACAAUAUUCACUCUUGGUAUGUGAUUUGAUGUCUGGAAAUGUAUGAUACAACAGUUUUUCUCUUACAUGCUGAUUGGCUGAUGUGGAUAUGAAAACUCUUUAAAUAUGUGCCUAAAAGGACUCCCUAACAGACUACAGCUGCAAGAUCCAAAUAUAUAUCAAGAAUACAUCCAAAAGGACCUGUGUCUGUUUUUUUAAAAAAGAUGAAGAGCUGGACUUUGCUUACCUGCUUCCUCAGUGCUGUAUUUUCUGUUCCAGUACCCCAUGGACAUCCUGGCUAUAUCAAUUUCAGUUAUGAGGUAAUGACACCUUUAAAAUGGUACCAGAGCCUCAUUGGACACCAGUACCCACGUUUUGGAUACGAACCUAUGGGAGGAUGGAUGCAGCACCAUGCAGGGCCAAUGAUGCAUCAUCACUCUCCUUAUCAAGGCUUCUACCGUGCAGUGCCCAACCAUCACUCACACUUGCCACCACCUCUGAACACACCAAUGCAACCAGCAGGGCACAGCCCUUUUGGUCAAAUGCCUGGACAAAACACAAUGCCACACUACCAGCCAGGAGUACCAGUUCAAAACCCACUUCCACCACAUGUAGGAGACCAUCCUGUGCACCACCACCAACCUGGCAAUCCAAACCAGCCAAUGCAACCUGGCAAUCCAAGCCAGCCAAUGUACCCUGUGCACCCAGUGCAGCCACUGCCACCUGUGAUACAUGAUGCUCCUCUUGAACCAUGGCCAGGAACAGACAAGACCAAGCAAGAAGAAGUGGAUUAAAGGAAGAGGAAAUCGGAAUAAUGCACAAGUAUGUUAGGCAUUUUCACUUGUUUCAAGAAACUAUCAUUGUCUUUCAGUUGACAAUGCAGAUCUUCAUUAAGCAAAAAAUUUUAGAGAAAACUUUAGCUUGAAAGCAAAUAAAUGCAGAAGUAGCGUACAAUAAAAUGUGUUUUAAAUCAA